GAAACCUUCCCAACAGUUUCCCUCCCUCCCUCCCCGUUUUCUUUCGUCCAGAAACGGCACAGCAGGACCCCUGUCUGAGGGCUCAGCCGCGCCUUAGCCCUGCUACAGAGUUUUACAACAAAAGGCAACAACUUGGAAAGUGUUUUUCAGUGGAGUUACAAGGGAAUUUAACACUGGACGGGAACAGAACAAAGGGGAGGGACGGUCUGAGCUGAUGGACGCGGAGAUGAGAUAGCGCUCUUAACCUAACCCCAUCUCCCCAUCCUUCCCUGUCGGACGGACCGGUUCUUCUUUUUUUUUAUACUCCCUUUUCCAGAUAAUGUAACUCUUUUAUGACAGACUGGACUCGGAUCUAUCCUCACUGCUCACAAAAAAUAUUCUCCUUUAAUCAUCCGACUGCAAGCCGCAUCCUCUGCGUGUCCAGGUUUCGGUGAGGUUGCUCAGCUCAGCUCAGCGGGACGUUGCGCAGUGCUCAACUGGCUGUUCCCCGGGGUCGGUGAGCGGUGGUGCAGUCAUGUGGCAGAGGAUUCAGAUUUGCUGCGCACUGUUUGCACUGUAUUCAGCGGCACCGCCUGCACACAUCAACCGCCUGGCGCUGUUCCCUGACAAGAGCGCCUGGUGCGAAGCCAAGAACAUCACACAGAUAGUCGGGCACACGGGAUGUCAGCCUCGCUCUAUUCAAAACAGAGCUUGUCUGGGCCAGUGUUUCAGUUACAGCGUCCCCAACACGUUCCCACAGUCAACCGAGUCUCUGGUGCACUGUGACUCCUGCAUGCCUGCCCAGACUCAGUGGGAAGUGGUGACUCUGGAGUGCCCGGGCAGUGAAGAGUCUCCUCAUGUGGAUAAGCUGGUGGAAAGGAUCUUCCACUGUAGCUGCCAGUCCUGCAGUAAGGAAGGUGCCCAGGAGGGGGCGGUGAUGCAGCUGUACCCAGCAGACAACGUUGUGGAUGCUCCGUCUUUAUCCGACACCCUCAGCGGUGCUCAGUCUCACCCUCUGCCCCCUUCAGACACACACUCUAAUAAGCAUGCUCGCCUACACACAGACCAUCACACACUACCACAUACAUCAGACGGAGGGUAGGCCCCCGUCAUUUGGCUCCUUUUGUCACUUUGCUCAUCUCUUCCGCCCUCUCUGCUCUCCUCCACGCCACAUCCUUUGUACCAAUCUGUAGUAUUGUAAAGGCACUUUGAAAAUACGGCUUCACUUUGUGUUAAAACGUUUCUCUAAAGGCACACACACUCACAAAGUCAUGCUAUCAGAUUACACUCUAUUGUAUAUAAACUCGUACAAACACACACCAGCCUCUGCACUCUUUUUGUUUGCUGAUUAAACACGCAUAUGUGUGCAUCCAGACAUGACUGUAGUCUGUUAAUAAGCUGUAGUCUCAUUACUUUUAAUCUGCUUUGAUGCAAUAAAUUCUAUUGUUGUGAUAACUGCCCUUUUGUCUUUUGUUGUAUCCAUAAAAGUGCUAGUCAGGUCUCUGCUUUUCUGUUGCAGUGAGCAGCAUCAAAAGAAGUGGAGU